UUUUAGAUUUGAAACCAUUAUCAAUCAAUCAAGUAUUAUUAUUGUAUAGUGAUUUAUUCCGCUAACAUUAGAAGGCUUAGAAAGGUUCCGCUUUUGUGGAGAUCUGGACUGUCCAGACUGGGUCCUUGCAGAAAUGAGCACCUUAGCUAGAAUAUCGAGCGUCAAGAUGAAGCUUCUGUGUGUGCAAGUCAUUAAAGAUCUGCUCGAUGAAGGCAUCGAUUAUGACAAAGUUUCCAAACUAACCUCAGAUGCAAAGUUUGAAAGUGGAGACAUUAAAGCCAGUAUAGCAGUGCUGAGUUUCAUUCUGUCCAGUGCUGCUAAGCAUGAUGUAGACGGUGAAUCUCUUUCCAGUGAAUUACAGCAGCUUGGCCUGCCUAAAGAGCACACCACCAGCUUGUGUAAAUCAUAUGAGGAUAAACACAUCGCUCUUCAGGAAAAACAGAGGGAGAGCAGCCUGCGCUUGGGUCGUCUGGAAGCAGUGAACUGGCGGGUCGAUUACACCCUGAGCUCCAGUGAACUGAAGCAAGUGAAUGAACCCACAAUCCAGCUCAGACUUCAGGCUCAGGACCCCGAGACAGACUCCACACAGACCACCACUGUCUCCAUCACUGCAGACAAGUUCAGAGUACUGCUAACAGAACUCAGACAAGCACAGACUAUGAUGAAUGCACUACAGUGAAGCAGUCAGCAUUUGUUGAAUAAUAUUGCUGAAAUGUGCACAGAAUCUUUCUGUGUAUUUAAACUGUGCUUCUGAGAAAUUAAAGAAAAUUGUUUUUCUAA